AUGUGCCACCACACUUCGUCAGCUACAGUUCCACAACUUCCAAACGCAGAAACCACAAAAGGACCUCCUCCGCACAUUGUUGCUCUUUCGAUGACCGACGGUUCGAUGGCAUUCGUGCAGCAGGACGCAUUCAAGCACCACGACAUGCAGACUCUCGAUUUCUCGAACAAUCAAAUUCAGACAGUCAAUGUUAAUGCCUUCCGUGGAUUAGAAGUGAGCAAUAACUUGAUCUAACUAUUAUAUCAUAUAAUUUAUAUGACAAAAAAACUUUUAGAUGAAACUGACUCAACUGGAUCUCUCACACAAUAAUCUCUCCGUUAUUCCAACUUGGGCAUUGACUUACUUGCAUAGUCUACAGAUUCUGCAUUUGGAGAAUAACAGAAUUGACGUGCUUCGAUCGAAUACUUUUGACGAAACCCAGUUGAACAACUUACAGUUUCUCUAUUUGGACAACAACCAGGUUAGAAGAAAGUUGACGUUCAGACGACAUUCAAGUUUUUCAGUUACGAGUCAUUCCGAAUUUGGCAUUCAACCAUCUGCGUCUUGUCGUGCUGAUGCUCUCAAACAACCGAAUAACUGAGAUUCAGAAGAUGUCCCUCCCUCAAACUCUCAAUUUUCUCGUCCUACGGAACAAUCUUCUCACACAAAUUCCCUACGUCGCAUUGAAUGACUUGAAGAUGUUGCAAUCUAUUGAUUUGGAAGGAAACAACAUAACCCAUUUGAUGGAUAACAACGAGGUGACAUUCGAGUCAGAGAUGAAGGUUGUGCUGAGAAACAACAAGAUACGGAGACUCGACAAGCAUUCAUUUCGGAGUUUCCGGAAGAUUCGAGAACUGGACAUCAGCUACAAUCAGAUCCAAACAGUGGAGGAUUCUUCAUUCGAAACUGUCGGACACAUGCAAUCUCUCGAUCUGAGUUAUAACCGAAUUGCCUACUUGCCACGCGGAAUGCUCAAAAACUUUGCCAAAACGCUGAAGAAACUGAAAUUAGCAGAGAACAUGGUGCACGCAACUCCGGAGGCUCUCCGAGAUCUACGCAAUUUGACGCAUCUGAACUUGAAUGGCAACAAACUGAACAGAAUAGACGGUGAUGUUCUCAGAGGAUGCAAGGAUACUCUCGUGGAGUUAUUGAUCGCUAACAAUCACUUGGAACAAAUCCCUCAUGGGCUGCUGAGUGGAAUGAAACAAUUGGAGCACUUGGAUGUCUCGAAGAAUAAGAUUCGGUCCCUGAAAAGUCCCUCAUCGUUGCUGCCUGUCGAGAAGGAGGAAGCUUCGAGUGUUCGUAAGCUGAAUCUCGCCGGCAACCGAAUUAACAACUUGACUGAUGUGCGCAUUUUUGAACACAUGCCAUUGUUAACGUAUGUCGAUGUUUCGUUCAACCGCAUCAAGUUCAUCUCUCCAAGAGUUUUUGAGAAAUUAAAAAACUUGGAAAGUCUGUUCCUGCAGGUCAGAAAGUAUCUACAGACCAGACAAACCGUUUGUUUUCAGAACAAUCAACUAAGUCAUUUUCCAUCGUUAUUUCGGCUUGAAAAACUACGUCAUUUGAUGCUGGACAACAAUCAAAUUCAGAAAAUUGACAACUUUUCAUUGGCAGAUCUUCCGAAGCUACAACAUCUUUCUCUUGCCGGGAAUGAGAUCGAUGUGAUCACAGAGAAUGUGAGAAGUCCCUAAGAAUUAAAUGACAGAAGUGCUCUUGCAGAUGUUUGGCUCGAGCAGCUCUUCUGAGCUCAAGUCUCUGAACUUGGCACAUAACAAGAUUAUUUCGAUUUCCAGUCGAUCAUUUUCUGAUCUUGACAACUUGCAACAACUGCGACUCAGUCACAACCAUAUCCGAACAAUUCCAUCCAUGGUUAGCCAAAUACUAUUGAGUUGAACAACUUUCCACUUUUAGGCCUUUGCAAACCUCCGAAACCUUCGUUAUUUGGAUCUUUCAAACAACAGAAUUAUUAAAGUUCUUCCCAGUGCACUCUACCAACUGCCUGCUCUGGAUGUCUUGCAUUUGGAUCAUAACAAUUUGAAUGAAAUCGACAGGGAUGCGUUUCGUUCGUUCAGUGAUUUGCAGUCAAUGAAGCUCUCGCAUAACGCGUUCCGUCGGUUUAGUUGCGAAUUUCUGGGCAGUAUUACCCAGGUACUCCAGCUAGAUCUCAGCUCGAAUCAGAUCACUGAGUGAGUGAUUUUUGAUUGCAAAAAGAGUUAACCGACAUUUCCAGAAUUGACAUCUCUUGCAUUGCCCGAGGGAUUCGAAAACUGUCACUGGCUUCGAACAGCGUUGAAAAGAUUCACAGACGGCUACUUCAAGAUGCAACUGAGCUCACUUCUAUUGAUCUUUCCCACAACGGAAUCAUAGAUGUGGACAAUGACGCGUUCUCCGAGUGUAGGCAACUCUCAUCUGUGAAGCUUUCACACAAUUAUAUUCGGAAUUUGUGGAAGGGAACAUUCCAAUAUCAGGUGUGACCUUGAACGCUGUGAACUUGUGAAUAGAGGAUUUUCAGGAGAAAUUACACGAUCUCGACAUCUCGUUCAACGACAUUCUGUUUCUCCACCAAGGAACUUUCGGAAAGAAUAAUAUUCUGCAACUGCACGCGAGGAACAACAAGUUAUCAAGGAUUCCAUUGGAAGCCCUUUCUUCCACAAUGUCCUCGUUGCACCUUCUUGACUUGGCGCACAAUAACAUCAAGUAAGAGAACUGUACAGUUAUCAGCCAAAUGAUUGCAUUUACAGAAUUGUCGAUUCUUCUCAACUGACUUCCUUUGGAAAUCUUUCAAUUCUUUCGUUUGCCAACAACAAAGUGGAUUCCAUUGAGGACGGUGCUUUUGAGAACCUUCUCAGUCUCAAGAUUCUUGAUUUAUCAAACAAUCCGGUCACUUCUUGGUCUCCCACCGCUUUCCGUGACCUGAGUCAUUCCAUUUGCUCCAUCAACAUGGCUAACACCGGAUUAUUCUCAAUGCCAAAGUUCAGUCAUCGGUCGAUUCAAUCAUUGAACAUUAGCUGGUAACAAAAACGGAAAGUUUUCAACUUUAACACUGAAAUUUUCAGUAACAAGAUCUAUGAACUAUCAGAGCGAGAUUUGGCUCCUCUAACUAAGCUGGUGGCCCUUGACAUAUCACACAACAACUUGAAACAGAUCAGUCCUCUCUCAUUCGAACCGCUCAUUCAUCUCAAGCAUCUAAAUAUAUCCGCAAAUCCAAUCACACAUAUACAAAACGAUCACAUUCAGCAGCUUUAUCAGGUCAGUAAUCAACUAAAGUAAUAAUAGGAAGAAAAUAAUGUUAUAGCUAGAAACACUGCACAUUUCUGAUAUGCCUGCCCUCUUGCGACUCCCAGAUUCUCACUCUUUUGGCCAGAUGAACAACUUGAAAAACUUCCACGUAAGUUCAGAAAGCAAAUAUAUGGAGUGGAAUUAUUCCCUUUCAGCUCUAUAACAUUCCGGAUAUCGCACAACCCUAUCAAAUCAGUUCGAUUCUAUCCAACCUGCCUCCCUUGCAUACAGUCCACGUUGAUAUCAAAGAAUCCGUACUCGACCGUCAGUUCUACACUGCGGACACGAGACUGUUGAGGCAUUUGGUCGUUGCGGGAAGGAAUCUCUCUAAGGUGAGCAACUGGAAACUGGGAAUACUAGAACAUCGAGUUACAGAUUGAAGUAGGAGCUUUCGCCACAAUUCGUGGCUUUCGGGUCAAAAUUGAGAUUCAUAACACUUCUAUACAAGAGUUUCCCGAAAGAAUAUUCGACACUCUUACUGGAAUUUCCAUUCUAUCUCUGAGGUUAGACGACGUGAUUCUUCAAAGAACACAUUUAGCUUUCAGUCUUACCGACAACAAACUGACAUCUCUCAAUCCGUUCUAUUCGACAGUACCACCGGUUAUCAACCAGCACGGAACCAUUAUUCAGUCUAUUGAACUGCAGGUCAGAGAAAGGAUUUAACACUCAUUAUCGUUCACUUUUCAGAACAAUCCGAUCGAGUGUGAUUGUCAGUUCAAGUGGAUCGACGAGUUCAUUCGAGUGACCAGUCUCCUUUCGGAUCAAUCCAAAUCUCACGACUUCGACAGAGUCGAGUGCAAAGACUCCCAGGCGUCCAAUUUGGAAAGCCUUGCCUCGGCGGCCAACGAACUCUUCUCCUACCGUACUAAACUGACAUUGCUCUCCAAAUCCGAUGACUUUGAUCUCGAAUGUGUCGUCCAGUCCGCCACUUCAUUCAUCCUUUUUCCCGUUCUUAUUUUCCUGUUUUUGAUUGUUUGGUAA